UUUCCCCAAAAUGACCCUGAAAGACGCAAGCGAUGGAUUAUUAAUAUGAAGUGGAAAGACUGGAAUCCGCAACACCACCACCGUGUGUGCUCCAUUCACUUUGAAGACAAGUACAUUUGCCGGAUGGACAAACGUCAACGUCUCACGCCAGACGCAGUCCCGACCAUUUUUGACUUCCCAGAGAACUUUCAAAAGAAGAAGGCAUCCAUCCACCCACAGAGUAGAAGAGCCAGGGGUAAGGUACUGGAAGAGGCGAAUAAACUCCUUGGCUUGGCUGAACCGGUCACAACACCAAGCCCCACCAUCACAUCAGAGACGAGCAAGCUGGCUAAAGACAAUACUAACGCUCCAGAAAAAGUUACCUCUUCAAGUUGGUAUAUCCAUGUAGAUGAAGAAAUCCAAAUGGCUGAAUCCCUCCCAGGUUUCUUCCACAGUGAUUACUGUCUACCACACAGUAUUCGCUGGGGAUUCAAAGAUGAUGUUGCCCCGAAGGUGGCAUGUGAGAACAUGGAGUUCCAACUUCCACCCCUCAAGCACAUAAUAGAGAUCACAGAGGCAUGGGAGUGGCUGGGUAUGGACAUUAGAGGGCCACUGCCCCUAACACCGAACGGACACCAGUACGUUCUGACCUUGACAGACUUCUACUCUAAAUGGGUGGAGGCCUUCCCCCUGAGAGGUUGUAGCUCUACUGAGGUAGCGCAGCAUGUCGCUGAAGUCAUCUCUCACUUUGGCUUCCCUUUUGGAAUCCUUGUUCGACUAAAGAGGAAGUUUACCAGUAAGGUGAGGCAAAAUAUAUUUUGUCACAUACUUACUGUUGCACAUACCUUGCAACAAUCUUGAGGUUGGUUCAUAUAUGCACUAGCGGUCAAUAGGUCCAGAGUGAGUGGUUCAUUAGACAAUCGUACAGUGGGGCAAGUAUUUAGUCAGCCACCAAUUGUGCAAGUUCUCCCACUUAAAAAGAUGAGAGGCCUGUAAUUUUCAUCAUAGGUACACUUCAACUAUGACAGACAAAAUGAAAAAAAAAAUCCAGAAAAUCACAUUGUAGGAUUUUUAAUGAAAUUAUUUGCAAAUUAUGGUGGAUAAUAAGUAUUUGGUCACCUACAAACAAGCAAGAUUUCUGGCUCUCACAUUCCUGUAACUUCUUCUUUAAGAGGCUCCUCUGUCCUCCACUCGUUACCUGUAUUAAUGGCACCUGUUUGAACUUGUUAUCAGUAUAAAAGACACAUGUCCACAACCUCAAACAGUCAAACUCCACUAUGGCCAAGACCAAAGGGCUGUCAAAGGACACAAGAAACAAAAUUAUAGACCUGCACCAGGCUGGGAAGACUGAAUCUGCAAUAGGUAAGCAGCUUGGUUUGAAGAAAUCAACUGUGGGAGCAAUUAUUAGGAAAUGGAAGACAUACAAGACCACUGAUAAUUUCCCUUGAUCUAGGGCUCCACGCAAGAUCUCACCCUGUGGGGUCAAAAUGAUCACAAGAACGGUGAGCAAAAAUCCCAGAACCACACGGGGGGACCUAGUGAAUGACCUGCAGAGAGCUGGGACCAAAGUAACAAAGCCUACCAUCAGUAACACACUAUGACGCCAGGGACUCAAAUCCUGCAGUGCCAGACGUGUCCCCCUGCUUAAGCCAGUACAUGUCCAGGCCCGUCUGAAGUUUGCUAGAGAGCAUUUGGAUGAUCCAGAAGAAGAUUGGGAGAAUGUCAUAUGGUCAGAUGAAACCAAAAUAUAACUUUUUGGUAAAAACUCAACUCGUCGUGUUUGGAGGACAAAGAAUGCUGAGUUGCAUCCAAAGAACACCAUACCUACUGUGAAGCAUGGGGGUGGAAACAUCAUGCUUUGGGGCUGUUUUUCUGCAAAGGGACCAGGACGACUGAUCCGUGUAAAGGAAAUAAUGAAUGGGGCCAUGUAUCGUGAGAUUUUGAGUGAAAACCUCCUUCCAUCAGCAAGGGCAUUGAAGAUGAAACGUGGCUGGGUCUUUCAGCAUGACAAUGAUCCCAAACACACUGCCCGGGCAACGAAGGAGUGGCUUCAUAAGAAUAAUUUCAAGGUCCUGGAGUGGCCUAGCCAGUCUCCAGAUCUCAACCCCAUAGAAAAUCUUUGGAGAGAGUUGAAAGUCUGUGUUGCCCAGCAAGAGCCCCAAAACAUCACUGCUCUAGAGGAGAUCUGCAUCGAGGAAUGGGCCAAAAUACCAGCAACAGUGUGUGAAAACCUUGUGAAGACCUUUGACCUCUGUCAUUGCCUCUGUCAUUGCCAACAAAGUAUUGAGAAACUUUUGUUAUUGACCAAAUACUUAUUAUCCACCAUAAUUUGCAAAUAA